AUGAUCAGAGCCAGCUUUGGGGCAACUGGCGCACAAUUGCGGGGCAUGCUGCCUUUUGGAAUAGAGGCAUUGGCCGCGAUGAGGACCCAGAAUGUGGCCGAGCCCGCGGUUUUGACGAACAACAGGAAUUGGGAGGCCACAAGCUUUCUUCAUGCGCGCCAACCACGCACAGCGCACCACGAAAGAGCCCCUAGCCUGAAGAGAAAAUGGGAGGAGAUUGUGAGUCCGGCAUUCACGAGACCUUUGUCGUCCCACCCAGGCACCACCCAACGUGGCAACCUGUCCAUUUCCAUCCACACAUUUCAGCAAGCGAAAGAAGAACUCGUGCAUGUCCUGGUGGAUCCAUCGGCUGGGAGAGCGGCCGAUCUUUUCCUGUUUGUUUUGCGGCAUCCUCUCGUCGGGGCUGACAUCCAAUUUCUCACAGAGCUGUCUGCGGUGACAGCCACUGUUGCGAAGGGGCUAUCCCCAGAACAGGUUGCCGUUGUCUUCCGAGCGUGUUCCAAAAUUGGCUAUGUGCAUGCUGGCCUGUUCGAGACACUUGCCGAGGGCGUCUUGGGGUCAGGAGACUUUAGCUAUUUUGACUCUAAGGCGUUGGUUCAAAUCUUGCAUGCGCUAGGCAGGCUGCAGCACAAGUCUUAUGGGAGAAACGACUUGCAACUUUUUCCUUUGCAGAACUCAUUUGUCAGACGUGUGGCUGAAGAACUCGGCGAAAGGGAUAGAUUGUCAAGGCUGAAUGAGCUAGAGCUGUCGGCCAUUAUGUACAGUCUAGCAUUGCUGAAUUUUCAAGGCAAGGAAACCGUGGAUGCAUUUUUGUGGGAGAUGAUGCGCUCCUCUCAUCUCAGCCACUUUUCAGAGCAGCAGCUUGCCAACGUGUUAUAUGCCCUGGCAGCUUUCCGCGUGCAUGAUGAAUCCCUUGUUCACAUGUUCGCUGCAGAGCUGGCCAGCGAUCACAGGCGCAGCAAGCUGAGAGGUAUUGAUGUCGCAAUGGCCUUGCACAGUUUGGGUCGGCUGGGCUAUUCGAGGACAUCGAUUGUGGGGGUGCUUGUCUUUGCGCUGGCUGAUAGAAGCAUCCUUACUGCCAUGAAAGGGAGGGAUAUUGCAUACUUGGUUUGCGGUCUUGGCCUCCUGGGGUACAGGAGUGAGCAUAUGUUGUACCUGCUGGCUGGUGAAUUGCUAAAACCUAAACGACUUGGUACUUUUCAUGCACUGGACGUAGUAGGUCUGUUUCAUGGAUAUGCUGCACUGCAGCACGCCCAACCGAGGGUGCUGCAAGCCCUCACAAAGGCGUUGACACGUCAGAGCAGGGUGGAGGCAUUGACACAUGUGCAGCUCUGCAGUCUUCUGUGGAGCUGGGCUAAGCUUGGGUACAGAAAUGAGCAUGGCCUCAAGCUUGUGGCAGGAGCUUUGGCCAAAUCAGAGUGCUUGAAACUUUUGUCCAGCAGAGAAAAGGCGACCAUCAUCCAUGCUGUGUCAGUACUGAGGUAUUGGGAUGGCUGCUUGAUGGACUUGCUGCUGGAGGAGCUGUUGGUGCCUGGAAGGCUGGCAACAUACUCUGCCCAGGGUUUGAGCAUGGUGCUGUAUGGACUUGGCCAGUUCAAAAUUCGUCACAAGGGCCUGAUUGCAGCCCUCACCGAGGAGGUGUUGAAGCCCAACAGGUUGGAGGAUUUCACAGGAACCGGCAUUUCCACCUGCCUGUACUCUAUGGCUCAUCUGGGGGUCCGUGACAGCCGUAUUCUGGGCAUUCUUGGUUUGGAGGUAAUCAGACCCAGCAAACUGAAAUCCCUUUCUGAGCAGGGGCUAUGCAACAUAGUGUAUGCCUUUGGGAAGGCAGGUGUCAACAAUGGGCCUGUCAUGAACGGCCUGAUGAAGGAGGCCCUGAGUCCCAGCCGUCUCCCAACACUUUCCAAUCAGGCGCUGUCCACCAUUCUGUACGGCUUGGCCAGGAUGGGAUACGAGAAAACAGAUCCAGUUCUCCUACUAUCUAGACAGUUGAUCCAACCAGGCCGCUUGGAGCAACUGUCUGAGCAGCAGCUGGCCAAUUGCAUCCUGAGCAUUGGCCGCCAUUGUGUUGAAGAUGGUCAGCUAGUCAGUUCUUUGGCGAGUACCCUGCUUCGGCCAGGUCUGCUGCAGCUUCUCAAGACGCAAGGGCUGUGCCAAGUGGUUGUUGGCCUGGCUGCAGCGCACUGCAAGGACCCCAGCGUCCUGACGCCUGUCGUCCAGGAGGCUGUUAGACGCCAGAAGAACGGCCUUUUCAGGGGCACUGAACUUACCAAGGUGUUGGUGGCGCUCGGUCGUCUGGGAGUGAGGGAGGAAAGGAACCUGACACAGCUGGCCAUGGCGGUCGCAGAGCCAGAGCAAAUCAGCGUGUUCAGCGUCCGCAGUCUCUGCAUGGUCGCCAUGAGCAUCCACAGUAUGAACCUGCGUGAUGGGAAAUGGAUUAUAUCAAAGUUCCUGGAGGAGAUCAGGAAACGGCGAAAGGAGCUGAUCGCGAAGAGGGAGAUGGAGUCGAGACACUGGGUCCCUGUGGUUGCGUGA